AUGAUAUUUUUAAUAAUUCAACCACCAUUGAUGUAUCCUCCUGCAAAUCGUAAUGCUGGGGAGGAUAUACAACAGCACGACAAGGUCGUGCUACAAGAAUACCCAGCGUUCUAUUACGAUGGAACGCCAGGUGGCUUGCCAUUUGGUACAGAGAUUAAAAACGAAGACAACCGAACUCUAGGGUAUGUGAUCGGACAUCACUUACAUUAUUAUCCUAUAAUGAUGAUGAAAGAUAACUUAUUACAUUGCGGUAAAUAUGGACUGCACAAGCUAGUCGGUCAUGGAGGAAAACUAGAGUACCGAGAUCAAGAGUAUACAGUGGAAGAAUUUAAGAAAAAGUUUCCCAGAAUAGCAAAACAAGAUGUACAAUGUUUUGUUUAUGCAUGGCGUACCUCAAAAUAA